AUGCCAAACAUGGACGAUAAGAAAGACGAAACAGUGUCGAUUUCAAAAUACUUGCGAGGGUUGUAUGGAAAUGGGAUAGCAAGCAAGAAGGAUGUGAUGAAAAGACUUAGGAGGAGACUGUACGAUAAUGAAAAAAUUGAAGAAAUUUAUAAAAAGUUAAAGGAAAUUCAUGGGAAUAGUGGAAUAUGCACAAAGCAAUGGAGAGAAGGAAGUUUUGCAUUUAAGUGUUAUAACUGUGAAGGAGAUCCUACAUGUGCUAUAUGUGCAAAAUGUUUUUUUGCAUCUAAUCAUAAAAAUCAUAUAUAUAGGUUGACACAUACAAGUGGUGGUUGUUGUGAUUGUGGUGAUACAUCAUGGAAUAUAAAAGGUUCUUGUUUUGACCAUAGAGGAAUGAAUGAAGAAUAUUUAGUUGACAAUUGUAUAUUAAAAAAUGAUAUAAAGAAUAGAAUGAAAGAAGAUUUGGAAACAUUAGUAGGAUCAUUAUUUAAAGAAAUAAUUUUAAAAGAUGGAUAUUUCUUAUCACUUGUAAAUGCACAAUAUGUAGAAUAUGCAUUUGAAUUUUUCAAAGAUCUUGGAAUAACUAGUUACUUAUUUAGACAAAUUAUAUGUGAUGUAUUCACAGGAGCUAAAAUUGAUUAUCUAAUUAAUUUACAUUAUUCCUUUUAUGUUGCUGUCCAGAAAGUAUUAUAUUCUUUAUAUCUAUCUCUCUUCGUGCAUCCAUAUUUUAAACAAAGAUUUGCAUUUAAAUUGGCAAAACAUUACAGUUUGGUUGUGCGUGUUGUUGAUGAUAAAUCUUAUAACGAUAAUAAUUUUUUAAACGGAUUAACAGUACAGGUUCUAACUGUUCCAGAAAUAGCAUAUACUUUAGUUAUAAAUAAUUUUCUGAAUGAUUUAAUAAAACUGAUUGAAGAUUUCUGUGUAUAUAAUCCAAUCACAAAAUGUGUUAUGCAUAAAAAUUUACUUCGUAGUGAUAUUGAAGUUAUUAUUCGAAUAUGUGUGGAUUUGAAAUAUUUACUUUAUCACAAUGAUGUUAUUAAAAUUGUCUUAUUUAAUAAAUAUGUUAUAAAAAAAAUACUUCAUCUUUUGUCUAUUUUACACAGAAUGAAUUCUCAAGUGCGUUACACAAAGACUCAUAUCAUUUAUGAAGAUUUAUCUAGUUCUUAUGCUAUUACUAUUGAAAAUUAUCUUCUUCGUGUUUUUGAACCACUAGCCAAUUUUUGUAAACGUGAAUCUAAUGCAAAUUUUAGAAAUUUAUUUCUCCUAUAUCAGCUCACUAUAGAAAGUAUAUGUGCUCUUGACUUAUUUCCAUUCACAAAUGAUUCCACAUCUAAUCAGGGAAUGACAAUACACAGAAAAAAGAGGGUUAAAAGUGAUCAAACAUAUUUCAGAGUAAAGAAAUGCAUCAUUUCAUCAUCUGAGCGUGUUUUACAUAGUACCUUUGUGACAGAUGACAGAAGGGACACUACAACAACUGAUACUCCAAUUGUGAAUAGAGACAAUAAUGUCCAAAAUAUCAACUCAACACAUCCAUCAUCACAGUUCUUUUCACAAAACAUGUCUCAUAUGAUUACUCGCAAUGCAAGAGUAGGAAACGAUCGAACAACCACCACAUUGAAGGAAGAAAAAAUAAGGAGACGGUUCAAACAUUUCAGAUCUCUGCAUUCUCCUCUCAUCCGUUUUUUUGUAAUGAUUUUAAAUUUUGAUAUUGUAAAGAAGUGUGUGGAUGAUUUGUAUUGGUAUAAGUACAUCUACUUGAAGAAUGCAGCAAAGAGGAGGGUUCGUCCGGGGGAGCAUGGUCCUAACGUCGAGUCGAACAGGGGCCACAAGGCACAGUUUGACAUGAGCCACAAGGCACAGUUUGACAUGAGCCAUAAGGCACAGUUUGACAUGAGCCACAAGGCACAGUUUGAGAUCCACCAUAACGUGGAACGAAAGGUCUGCUCGUGGAGCAAUGAAUGCAUCGUUCGUGAAUUUUUAGCAGAUUUCUACACAAUGGAAAGUGUGUCAACCGAAACUUUGAAAAAGCGGGUGGAGUUGCAAGAAAGGUAUGAAAAGGAUGGAAAUAAAAUAAAAACAAAACUGUUUCAUUACAAGCCAUUUUUAAAUAAUGUAGAGGAGGUAGAGAAUAGCAAAACGAAGGAAUAUUUAAAAGAGCUAAAAUAUUUAGAAGAACAAUAUUUCAAAUGGGUGAUUAAGACAGCAAAUGCAACGGAUAAAGAAGAAAAAGAAGAAGGCAGUAAAAUUAUGUAUCGAAAAAGUAUACAAGAAAAAAAGAUAAAAGGAAAAUGUAAAAAUGAUCUUAUAGAAAAAAAAAUAAAUAAUAAAAAUAUCGAAUUUAAUGAAUUUCUAGAAAUAAAAUAUGAUGAAGAUAGGAAAGACAUAUAUCUACACCCUCUGUAUAUAGCUUUAUACAUGCGAGAUGUAUUAGAAUUCUUAAACCUCUUCCAUUUGAAGCUUUUAAAAUAUAUUCUUUUUGUAAAUAUUCAUGUCUUAACCUUUAUUUAUGAAAUAAAAUAUGGUUAUUGGGUUAGAAAUGGGCCACAAAUGACAUUUCAAGUAAAUGAGUAUGAAAGCUCCUUUUUUUUUCAAAAUGAUUUAAUAGGUACUCAAUUUGCAAUCAUAAUGAUGAAUAUACUUCCCAUGUAUGAAAAUCAGAGAAUCAAAAUAGAUGAACAGAUUUUAAACAUAUUAAAAAAUACCUUUAAUGAUACUAUUACUGCUUUUCAUGAAAAUAUGGACAGAACAAACUCACCAGCAGAUGACGAACUCAUCCCUUCUUGUGAUAAUACAAACCACGUCGCAAAUAUGUUAGACACUCAUAUGGACGUGACGAAUUCUGAUUCUUACAAUUUCUCUAAUGUCAGAGGGAAGACGAAACACUCCCCUGUACUUUUUAGCAGGUCAUUCAGAUAUGGCCAAAUUGCAUUCAUACAGCAAGGGGGUGCACCAAGUGGAGGUGCCUGUAAUGGAGAUAAUCUGGGCGAUGCAGAAGAUGGACGAGAUGGAGAAGAUCAUAUCGACAAGUAUGAUGAUACGGUUGAGAAGAUUCCCCACGAUUGCGACGAUUGCGACGAUUGCGACGAUUGCCAUGAUUGCGAUGAUUGCCAUGAUUGCGAUGAUUGCCAUGAUGCCUGUGUAAUUUACUCGAAUUUCCUUCAAAGGGAGGAGAAGAAGCUAAUUUAUGACAGGAAGAUGAAGGAGGAAGAUCGAAAGGACAAGUACAAAGAGUUGGAAAAGUCAAAUGAAAACGAAAGUGAUUUGUAUUCUUACAAGAGAGAGAGCGAUUUCACAAUGAUAGCGAAUGAAAAGAGCAAAAUAGAUUUUUGCACAAUAUAUAACUUUCUGAGUAGCUAUUUGAUUCGUUAUGUAUGCCAAAGUGGAACAUCGAGUCAGAGGAACGGUCACGAGAUAAGUGCGAACGUUGAGAAGUUAGGAUCGGAUGAAAGAGGUGUGGAAUGUAAGUCAUGCAUGCAGAAAGAGGAGAAGGAGAAGGAGGAGAAGGAGGAGGAGAAGGAGAAGAAGGAGGAGGAGAAGGAGAAGAAGGAGGAGAGGAAAGAAGAACACCCUCUGAAGACCAAAAAAAAACUUGAAUGGAAUGAUUACAUCAAACGGUUCAUGAAAAAAGAAAUUCGAAAUCCAUUCAUUAUUUUGUAUCAAUUAAUAUUUAAAAAUUUUCGAAUGAAUUUAGAUUUAAAAAAUGAACAUGACAUGUUUAUGGAAAUACAAACACAUCAUCUAAAAAUAGUUUAUAGAAUAUUUCAUGAUAUAUAUACUGGUAUAUUAAAUAUAGAUUCGAGAAAAAUAAAUCAUGUUUUUUAUUUUCAAUCUUUUUAUGAUUUACUGAUUAGAAUAUUCAAUGAAUUAUACUAUUUUGAACUUAGCAACAUUCCAAGAAAAACUUCCUAUUUGAAAUAUGAAAAAAGAGGAAAAUAUUAUGUAAAAAAAAUUAUGAUACAACUACUGGCUUCGAAAGAUUUUCAAUAUUUUCAAUUGGAAGACGAAUUCCCGAAACAGCUUAGACAUCAUCCAUCUUUUUAUGAUCUCACAAGGAAGUAUGGAUACACAACUCACAUGUCUAGAAGCAAUGUCAACUUAAUCAAGUUAAACAAAAAUUCAUGGUUCCUUUAUGAUGCCUUUUGGCCGAUUGCUAAUCAUAAGGAUUUCCAGACAGCCAAUGAAAAGUGCAUAAAAGAGGAAAAAUCUUCCUACAUUGGUUGUUCAAGGGAUCAAGACAGAGAGUACAUGAAUGCUUCAUUUGUCAAAGUUCAGAAUCUUCUCUUUUAUGUCUUCAAGAAUAGUUGCCUUGUCCCCAUGCUCAUGACAGUGCUUCUGGUUAAUGAGGAUUUCCAAAGGAGGCUGCAGGAGAAGAGGACGGGAAAAGCUGGAGAAGUGGGAGAAGCUGGAGAAGUGGGAGAAGCUGGAGAAGUGGGAGAAACUGGAGAAGUGGGAGAAGCUGGAGAAGUGGGAGAAGCUGGAGAAGUGGGAGAAGCUGGAGAAGUGGGAGAAACUGGAGAAGUGGGAGAAACUGGAGACGUGGGAGAAGCUGGAGAAGUGGGAGAAACUGGAGAAAUGGGAGAAACUGGAGAAGUGGGAGAAGCUGGAGAAACUGAAGCGGUGACUUCUCAGAGGAGGGGUGACCAACGUGCCAUCGACACGCAGGCUGCACAAAACAUCGAACCGAUAGCUGAUGCAAACGAGGGUGAGAGUGGAAAUAACAGCCCCAAUCACGAAGAAAAUGAAGAAUAUCCUUCUGAUACCAUAGUACUGAAUGAUGUUGAUUUAUACAAUUUUUUGAGCCAAGGAGACAGUAACACGAAUGAUAUAGAAGAGAUGGGUAACAGAGAAGAUGCAGAAGAACAUAUUGCAACAUCAGGCGAUAGAAAUGAAAUGGAUUAUGAUGAAAACAUGAAUCGAACUAAUGACAACAAUGCUAUGGCUAGUGGCAAUGGUGUUUCUACAAACAGACUGAACAAUGGGCAUUCUAACGGUGCAGAAAAUUCAAGUAUAAGGGAAAGAAACAAUAAUAACACAUAUAUAAUUGUUGAUGAUAAUGGAGAGAAUGAAACCUUAUUUGCUGAGAUAUUAAUAAGCAGAAAUCUUCACAAUUCGAUAAAUAUGGAAAUUGUAAAUGUUAGUGAUAGGAAUACAGGAGAGGGGGGUGAGACAGAGAACCAAAACUAUAGACAGAUAAAUACAGAAGGACUUUCUGAAAUUAUUACAGACAUUAUUAAUGAGAAUAACAUAAUUAAUGAUGUAAUCGUUGAAUCUAUUUUAGCCAACACUUCAGGUAUAAGUUAUAUAAACGACUUAAGAAACCGAAGUACGAGAAAUGUUGAAGAUAAUAUUUCUUUAGAUGAAUAUUCAUCUAGCGAAGAAUUUAAUAUAAUGCAUUCUGAACAGCCAAACUCAUUACGAAUAAAUUUAUUGGGAAGAAGAGACGGUUUUAAUGAUUCCAAUGUGUUGUCAAAUGUUAAUGAAUUUCCAUCAAAUCCAAAUAAUAGCAACUUGGGAAGUACUAUAGAUAUUCUAAUUAAAAUUAUAAAACUUUUAAGCAUUACUCUAGAUGCUGUUCAUCCUUUUAAAUAUUUAAACAGUUUCUACUAUUCCAAUUCUAUGUCAUUAUGUUGUGACCUAGACCUAGAGCAAGAUGAAAUUGAUAGCUGUUCGACAUCUUCAUUAGGGGACGUGGAUUUCCUUUGGAAUUACCACCAAUCGGAGGAGGAUGAGAAGCAGAUUCAGGAGCUUCACAUGGUGAAUUCACUUGAAUUGAGACAAUCGUACCAAUACAAGUGUGAACAUGUUGAGAAAUGCACGCAUGAGGCAUUUCCACAGAAUAAUACUUCAGAAUCAUGUGACAAAUCUGUGUAUGCAAAUCAGAUGAACUAUUACAACAUGGAGAAGAAAGAUGGACAUUGUAUCGAAUCGAAGAGCGCUCAUGAAAAUUGCAAGGGGGAGAAGGAUUCAAAAGAUGCUGCAGUAGAUGUAUUAAUACCUGAAUCCAUCAUAAAUACAAAAGUGAAUAGAGGAGCCAAUGCAAAAAACAAUGAGAAGACACCAAUUUUCGAUGAGAUUCAUGUGUUAAGUAAAGAAAUAAAAAAUAAACGUUACAAAGUCGAAAGUACUGCACCAAAUGGAGAAAAAAAGAGCAACUUAACCGAUGAAAUAGGAUUGAAGGAUAGGAAAAAAGAAAAGGAAGAAAAAAAAAUCUACGCAUUAAAUAAAGUGGCUGUGCAUAACUUAAUAAGAAGUAUUAGUAGUAUAAAUGGAAAUGAAGACAAAUGUUUUCAAAAGGUAAAGAAUACCAUUAUCACUAGAUUGAAUGAAAUUGUAGCAGAAAAUUACGAUUGCAAAAAUGUAAAUAACAGUAAUGAAUUUAUAGAGAUAGCGAAAAGGAAACAACAAGACUUGCUGCAAAGCAUGAAAGAUCAACAACUGAAAUUUAGCCAAUUCUUAAAUGAGGAAUUGUUAUCAGAUGAUGAUAACGAUGGUGCUAACUUCGAUGACGAUAAUUUUAUUGACACGGGUACAAAAGAUAAGGGGAAUAUAAAUGUUGAAUCAAAUGGAGUGGAUCCUAAUGGAGAGUCCAAUCUGGAGACAACAACUCAGCAUCUGAACAUUAAGCAAAGAGAAGGAGAAAAAAAUGCAAGAAGAGGAAAAAUCGAUGAUGCAGAUGAUUCUUCUAUUUGUGAAUAUGAAAAAUCAAAAGAAAAGAAUUGUAUAUGUGUUUUGUGUAAAGAGGGAAUGUCACGAAAUAAUUUAUUAGCUUACAUCUGUUUUGCUUCACAUGCAAAUCUUUUAAAAAAAAUCAUAAAAAAGAACAAAUUUUCAUUCCCGUGUAAACAUCCAGCUAUAUAUACAUGUGGCCAUUUCAUUCAUAUGAAAUGUUUGCACAAUACAAAAAUUUUAAUGUGUAGGAAUGCUCAAUCACAGCUAGCUAAUCCUACAAAGUAUGAAUUUACUUGUCCCUUGUGCCGUUCGAUAGCAAACUGUUUCAUUGUGUAUAUUCCAAAAAGGUAUGUAUCACAAAAUGACACUUAUCGAAUUUAUAAUUGUAAUGAACGGGAGUUACUUUUAGACAAUGCGAAUAGAAACCUUGUGGAUAUGCUGAAAAGAACUAUCAGGAGGGAUAUUUCUACUGAUGUAAAAAUGGAAGGGAAUCAAGACGAUGGAAGAAAAGGAGAAAAUGUAGUUUCUUAUAUGAAGUUACACUACCAUGGAGGUGGUGGUGACACUAAGAAUCUAGAUUCUGCUUUACAGAUGCAUCAUAAUGGAAAUGCAAAUUUGAGAAAGUCGAAUGAUGCUUGUUUAAGUAAUACACAAAUUGAUACAUGUAUGAACAUACCAGAGAAUGAACAAAUUGAUGAUUAUUCGGAACCAUCGAUAUAUCAAUCACAAAGUGAAUCAUCAACAUCAUUGCCUGAGAACUCCCUUGAUAGUGACAUACCUGAAGAGUUCCACUUUAAAUAUAUUCGAAAAAAUAAAAAGAAAAAUGGAAAAAAAAAUACAAAAUAUUUUAAUGACGAAAAGAGAAGUUUUGUUAUGAACAGUUCUAGUAAUAAUGUAACAUAUAAUCUCUAUGAUGAAAACAAAAUGGAUAAUUUAUUUAAUGUUCGAUUUAGUAAGUUGAUGUGUAAACAGGUUCUAAAUGAACUCAUGUCAUAUCAAAAUUAUGAACUCAAUAAAAAAAUUAUUUUAAGAGAAAUUUAUCUCAAUGAUGACAAUUUAUAUAACAAAUUGUACAAGAGGCAAUAUGAGCAACAGUAUGAUGAUGAUGACGUGCAGUGGAAGUUCAACAGAGAUAGAAAUGAUGCACAUUCAAAACGCUUAAUUACUCCAAAUACUAGGAUAAGUAAUGAACUAUACCUUCACAAAAAUACAAUAAAUUAUGGAAUCAAAGAAUUCACAUUUUCUUACAAAAACUCCAACUUUUUCUAUAAAUACCAAAAUGGUUUUUUAGGAUAUUAUGUAAGCAUCCCAUUAAAAUAUAUUAAGCAUAUUGAAUUCUUCAUGGUACGAGAUAACGACAUGGUAUUGUCUUCCCCAGAUGAAUGCAAACAAUUUUAUUUCACAUCUUUGAUAGAAAAAAAAACGGAAGAACAGCAUUUGGUAGAGGACAUUCUUGAAAAAACAAAUGUCCAGGAACAAUCGUCUACUUCUAAGGAAAAUGUGAAUGUUAUUUUAAAUUAUCAAAUCAGUAAUACCCUUUUGGAGUUUAUAAAAAAUAAUUUAAAUAACGAAGGUGCAAACAUUGAGGAAUCUAUUAGAAAGUACAAAAUUUUUUCUCGUAAUGAUAGCGACACUUCCAAAGAAUCUGUAAAAUGUCUAGAUGAUAAUUUGAAUGCAGAAUUGGAUAUCAUAUAUAGAGGUAGUUAUCAAAUUGAGAAGAGGCCAAAAAUAAGUCCCGAAAUUGCUGUGAAGUAUAAUAAUGACAAGUCUGACCAGAGUGUAUUACCAGAAUGUGCAAAAAAUGUUAGUGCACAUUAUAAUACGUUGGAAAUGUCCGGGGACAAGUUAGAUGCAACAAGAAAAUGUUCUACGAAUGAUGAAGAACAUGAUAGAAAAGGAGACACAGUGAACGACACAAUGAACGACACAAUGAGAGAAGGAACGGUUGAUAUGAGGAAUGAGGGCUUGUCGAACCGUUUGAGUAGCUGUUUUCCUGUGAAAGAAAAGACGAAGGAGAAAUGUUUAAAAAGGAGAGGAGGAAGAAGAAUAAGCAGACGAACACGAAGGAGAGAAAUAGAUAACGACAUGCACAAUGAUAACAGUGUAGGAGGGAGCAUGGAGAGAUGCAGUUCUUCCUACAUGGAUAGUGAUGCUGAUAAAGAAAAUGACGAUGAAAAUGGAGAUGAAAAUAGCGAUGAUUGCAUUUCCCACAGCCCCAGUGAAGUGAAGUUUGAAUAUAGAUGUAGUGCAAAACAUUUUAAGAGACAUAACACUUAUAGGAGACACCUUAAUGUAGGUAGAAACUUAGACGGAAUCAUAAGCACGAACAAGCGAUACUAUGAAAUAUACAAGAAUGCUUUACAUAAUAAAAAUUUCGAACCUGUAUUUGACAUGAAGGCUUUGAGAAUGUCUAUCAUUCAGUUAGAGCUAAUGACAGAGACAUCUUGGAGAAUUUUUCAUCAGAACAAUGCAACGUUUUCAACACUAUUGAAUCAUUCUCAGCAUUAUAAGAAGUUGAUAGAUUUUGAGUAUAUCCACAAGAAUCAGGAUCAUUAUGAAGACAUCGACAUGGAAGAAAUAGGAGUGAAGGAUGUAAUGAGUAUGUAUGAAACAGUUGAAUUAUAUCCAGAUUUUCUUUUGGAUUGGAAGUGCAUCGAAUUUGUUAAUAGAAAGGAGAUUCAUCGGUUGAGGAGAGAGGAUUUGUUUUUUGUAAACAGAGGGUACUACGCUAGAUGCAAAAGGGAACACAUGGAAAGGAGGGAAGAAGAGAAACAGGAACGUCGCAAGGGAAAAUCUAGGGGUACAACAAGUGAGUUAGUGAUGGAAGCUUCGCACAAUGUAUCCAACAGAGCAUCGAACCUGAGAGUGGACGAAGUACCUAACCGCAUUGUGAGUGGUGUAACGAACCCCAUUGAGAGUGGUAUAACGAACCCCAUUGUGAGUGGUAUAACGAACCCUAUUGUGAGUGAUAUAACGAACGGUUUGGCUAGCUGCAUGACGAACGAUCUGCAUGGUGACAAAGCAGAACUUCAACCCAUGGAAGAUGUGAAAAUAAGAAAAAAAAAAAAAAAAAGAAAAAAAGAAAGAAAAAGCGAUAUUUUAAAUAUUAAAUUUUGGAGGAAUAUAAACACAGCUGUAGAAAUGCACAAAAUGCACUGGAUAUUAUACAACGAAAUAUUGGUACACAUUUUUUAUAAGAAUAUCAACUAUGUUUCAUGUAACAACCUUAUAGAAGUACUAGUUCGUAACCUGUUUCUACAUCAUCAUGAAUUAAACAUUGUUAAGGAAAGGAAAAUAGCGAAUUUGUUCAGUUUACAGUUGUGGAAAAAUAUAUAUAAUAUUUCAUUCGAUUAUGUAUAUCCUUAUAGAUUCACGGACAAAAAUUUUAAAAAAUUUUUUAAUAAGAUAAAAAAUGUUCAUUUUUUGAAUAAGAUAUCUUUUUUACCUCUAUCAAUUGAUGUUUUAAGAUUAUUUAUGCAUUUCUUCCUAAAUCAGUUGCUUCUUACCCCUGCCUCUAUUCAGCACUUUAUCUGCAUUUCGCUUGUCAUUAUUGGUUUCCAGGUUAUGAAUGAAAUAUUUAUACGAGAAAUUUCUAAAUCGUAUGUACGAUUUAUUUUUUCUUCAUUUUCACCUGAACAAGUCAGGAAAAAUUUUAACAAUAUUUGUAACUAUAUUUAUGUAAACCUGGAGAAUGAAAAUUUUCCUAUGAAAACAGAAGAUACAAAAUGUGAAGGCAAUAUUCCAUUGCAUUGCGAAUAUGAAAAAAAAGCUGCCAAAUAUGAACCCACUUAUAUGAAGCAGAAUGACAGUGAAAGCAAUUCUAAAAAAUUCCAAGACGAUGGAAAGAUAUUAUAUGAAAAAUUUCACACGUUCAUAUUUGACAACUUUGUUAGAACAUGCAUCGCAGACACACAUGAACAAAAGGAUCUCGUAACAGAAAUAAUUGAAAACGGACGCUAUAUCUGCAUAAGUGAAAACAUGAAGGGAAAUUCUGUGCCAUCUAGAAUAUAUGAUGAUUCAAUUUUCGAUGAAGAAUUUGAAAAUGGUUUAAGAGGAAAAGAGAAAUUAGGUCACCAGAGAGAGCAAAAUCAAGAGAAGAAAAAUAGAAAUUGUGGAAUUGCCUCUAACAGUGGUGCAUCUUCCUGGGGUGGAAAAUUGAAGAACGGAAGGGAGAAACAGAUAAGCGAACUGGAUCCCAUCAAAUUGUUCAGGAAUGUGAAAGAAUUGUCAUACCAGUUCAACGAAAAUGAAAUAAAAUUACUACAAAAUUUUAUCGAACAGAAUAAUCUUCUUUUUGAAAACACCAUGGAAGAAAGGGAGAAUGUAACUGGGAGAGAAAGAAUUGACAGAACAUGGCCAAAAAACCAAUAUAGUGAUAAAUGUAGAAACCCAGAAGUGAUAAUUAAGAUAAAAAAACUUUAUACCAUACAGGAAACGAUGAAGAAAUUAGUAGAAAUAAACAAGUUUAAAAAUGAGACAAAAAAAAUGAUGCUACUACUGUGCGAAGUGAAUGAUGAAUACAUGAAGUAUGUUUACUACAAUGGGUGCAUACCGUUAAACAUAUUCCUAAGUACAAACUUUAUGAAAUAUGAAAAUUUUUUCAAUAAUCAUUAUUCAUAUUUGUACAACAAAAAGAAGAACUCAAAGUGGGGAAACUUUCACGUGUUGUAUUUUGACAAGUUUUGGGAAGUUCAUCAGGUAAAAAAGAAUUUGAUGAAAAGCAAAAAUGUGAUGAAGAGAGAGUACAAAUAUAUAUCCAGCAGUAGUGGUUUUGGAAGUGGCAGAAGUGGAGGAGAUACGGAUGUUUUUCCCGAAAGAGAUGAAAUACUGGUGACCCGAGCCUCUGCCAUUUCAAGUGAAAUGGAGAAAAGCUGUGCAGACAUGUACAAUAGACAACCCUCGUGUAUUAACAGUUGUAGUUACAAACGAGGUGACAUUAUUGAAGAAGAGGAGAUUCUCCCGAAAUUUUCAGAAAGUGAAGACCGUAACGUAGAUGAUGAAAACACAUCAGAUAGAAAUAUGAAUGUUGAGUUGAAGAACAACACGAUGAUGAGUGAAGAAAUGGCCCAAAAAAGUGCGAAAGAAAAUAUUGAUUAUAAAUGUGUGCACGAUGUAGACCGGAUGGCAGUGAUGCAAGAAGGAGCCAAAUGUAGUGACGCAAGUGAAACAGGGAAAUUACCGAACGAGCUGAAUCUAUUCAAGUACAAGUUGUAUAACAUAUCUAGUGAAGAAAUUAGCGAUGUAUAUCUAACGAACGAACCCCAGGAGAGUUAUAUAUCAUCAUCAAUGAGCUCUGAAAAUUUGGAAUUCAAACAUGUAGAUGUGGUUAAUCAACUUAAAUGCAAAUUCGAAGAAAUUCCAUACGUAAAUCAUUUAUUUUAUAUGUACAAUGUUUAUCAGAAUAUUUUUAAAUUGAAGGAAAUUAAACACAUACAUAAUGUUAGGGAGAAAGAGGUAGAAAUUUUUAAUGACAAGUUUCUGUUAUCACUCGUCGGUGAUGAUAUUGCAGAUGGCAUUCAAGCAGAAGUGAACUUUUCAGAUGUAAGUUUCGACAGCAAUGAGUCUAUUAGAUUUUCUGAGAAGGAAAACCACAAGGGUAAAUUCCACCCUAAGAACUGCCAAGGUGAAAAUUGCCAAAAUGAAAAGGAAGAAAAGUGUGAUGAAGGAGAAGACGAAGACGAAGACGAAGGAAAAGACAAAGACAUUAUGGCAUCGUCACUCGGAAUCUUGAGUGAAAUCCUAGAUGUAGGUGAACUGAUCAAAGACAUGAAAAAAAAUAAAAAGAGAAAAAGGAAGAACAAGAGGAAUAAAUACGCCGAUGAGUUAUUCAUCAGUUUUUUCAAUAAAGUGAUGAAAAUAGAAAAGAAAAAAAAAGGUUCAGAUGGAGGAGGAGGAGGAGACAUCCAAAAAAAGAGGUUUCCAGGGAGAAAAAUAACAAGGGAUGAUGCUUCUUCUCUUAUACUAAAUGAUUCAAAAAAUAGUGAUCAUAGUAAAUCCGACAUGCAAAUAGACAAGAAGAUCGAAUUAGAUAAGACAAAUACUCGCAGCAUCAGCAGCAUAGGUAGUAGUAUUCCAAUCACAGACAUGUUUGUAGAUCCUCAUGACAUGAAAAAUGAAAAUAUCUCGAAUUGCAUAGAGAAGGGGUAUGGGGAUGAUUCGUCUAACGGUAAGAAUGAAAAUGGUACAUGGAAGAGUGGAAAAAGAGCUUCUCAAAGGAAUGGAAAUUUCAACAAUGGUGGUUGUAGUGGUGGUAGUAGUGCCGGUAGUAGUGCCAGUAGUAGUAGCAGCAGUUGUAAUGGAAGAAAUGGCAGCACACGGUACAGUGCAAAUGGACACUCAGAAUUUAGUGAUUCCUCAUUUAAUAGCCAAGAUAGUCUCAAUUUUGAUGCACUUAAUGACGAUAAUGAUUCAGUUAGUGAUGUAGAAAAUACUUUAGUUAGAAGAAGAAUACAUGAAAAAAAUAAUUCAUCGGAUUCGUUUGUAGAUUUUAUUACAAGAAAUAAAAAUAUGAAUAUAAAAAACAAACAUAAAAAUGGAAAAAUGGAUUUUUUAAAAUUCAAAGAUAUAAAUAAAAUUCAAAGAUAUCAUAUGUUAUUAAAGACAAAUUCGAUAAAUAAAACCUUUUUCUAUAACUUAAGAAAAAUAUAUAAUUAUGUAUACAAUCUGUACGACUUCAUACCCUUAUAUUUUAUUCAGAAUAUUUUAUUACACUAUCAUACAAGUUAUAAAAAUAUCAACAAUUUUUAUUAUUUUGACGAGGGAACACAUAAUUAUGAGAAUCAUAUUUCUCACAACAAAGAUGGUGAAUAUGAAUAUACCAAAUAUUCUAAAUCCUUUUUUGAAACAAAAAAAUGGAAAAAGAAGUAUGAUAUGUACAAGAAAAAGAUUAACGAUUGUUUUUUGUAUGAGGAGAAAGAAAUUAAUAAGGAUGAAAAUCGAAGGAGGACCACCCCAUGUGGUAGUUAUAUAGUUGCAGGAAAGGGUCUAUUCGAAGACGAAGCGCGUAAUCAUUGCAGUGAAACUGCUCCAAAUGUUGGGCCAGAAGAAAAUCAGGGAAUCGAGAGAAUGUUUGAUAAUGUGGCGAAGGUGGUGAACCCAAGAAGAACAGAAAUGUGCAAUGAUCCCUUGGAAUCACUUUCCCCCGACACUGAAGCAGUAGAAGAGACUAUCCGUGGGGACACUUCACAUCCCAGUGCUAGUGAACAGAACCCAAAUGGAACAAGGUAUGUAGUUAAUAAGAAAAUAAAAACACAGCAUAACAGCAGUUGUAAUUCGGGAUCCUAUGCCAGUUGCUUCAGUACAGAAAGAUGUAAGUGGAAUGGUCAAGUAGGAAAGCCUCAUGAAUCUUCAAUGGGGGAAAACUUACAUAGUAAUACAAAUGGAAUGUAUGGUAUGGAGGAUGGUUUGAAAUUUGCUUGGAAGAAACACAAGAAAAAUCAAAAGGAUAGCCCAAAUGACAUGCCAAAUUGUGGAGAAGAAGAAAAAAGAAGGGGUGGUACAGACAAUAAAAAUUUCCAACAGUUUUACAAGAAUAAGGAAAAUAUUUUGAGUAUGAAAAAAAUAUUUCUAAUAUUUUAUCAUUUUCUGAAGAAAAACAGUUUCGUGGAUAAGAAAAAUUCCUGUAAUAAAUUAUAUAUGAAAUUCUUAAAGAAUUAUAUAAAAUCAUCAAAUGUGUAUUUGCAAUUUGUAUGCUAUAUAAUAUUCUCUAUUUAUGAUUACAAUGCGUUGGUAAAGAAAUAUCUAGAUUACAUACAUCUUUACAGUGAUAUAAGCAAAUAUAACAUAUUUCUGCACAUAUUGAACAUAGAUUUCGAGUUUGAUAAAAUAUACACAUACAAGACGUUACAGCUAAUUUUCCAUCCCUAUUUUUACCAGAUGUAUCAGAUUUUGAAAUACCUAAAAAUAGAUGUAGAACCUGUUUUAUUACACAAUUUUUAUGAAAAUUUGGAAAAUUUUAUUUCCUCUAAUUCGUUAUUCCAACCAAGUAAAAAUUACUUCACUCUGAUAAAAAAAAACUUUAAAAAGAAAUGUGUCAACUGUAGCAAAUCACCUAUGAUCAUUCUUAUAUGUCUCUACUGUGGUUCAACAAUCUGUCUUCAAGAAAACGACAACAUGAGAGUUCCCCUAUCUCAAUCCAUUGGAAAAUGUGGUUAUCACACUACUGUCUGCGGUGGAGACCAGGCCCUCUACCUUUGUUUGAACAUAUCAUCGGUUCUCUUUGCAAGCGAACACAGAUUCGGUCUUGUUAAUGGCCCAUAUGUAGACAAGAAUGGAGAUGUGGAUCCUCGCUUGAAACGGGGGAAGAAUCUUUAUUUGUCAACCCAUAAGAUGAAUAGGAUAUUUGAUAUUAUUGUCAAUUCGGCUGUUGACGUUGAGAUAUAUAAGCAAACGCAGAAAUCGGAUUAG